GCUAUAAAUAUUAACAUAACACUAAACUAAACCAACGCUUUGUGAAUCCACUACUAUACCACCACCUCGCUCCUUCCGCCCCAAAUACAAAAACCCUUUCUUCCUUACUUCCUUUUUCAACUCUUGGAUUCAUCUUACAUCGCAUAUCUCCAUCUGUGCAAACAUGUCAACCAUGUCCACAACUGCAAGAAUCCCCUCACAUUGUAUGAUCAAGAGUGUGCCUCAGAACCAACUUGCCAGUGCCAUGGUCAAAUGCCCGUCCACCCUUGGAUCUGUCAAGAACACCUCCAAGACUUUCGGGUUAAAAGCAUCAUCCUCCUCUUUCAGAUCAUCGAUGGCAGUGUACAAGAUUAAGCUCAUCGACCCAGAUGGCAACGAGAAUGAGUUCGAGGCUCCAGAUGAUUGCUACGUUCUAGACGCUGCUGAGACCGCAGGGAUCGAUCUGCCUUACUCGUGCAGGGCGGGGGCUUGCUCUACCUGUGCCGGGAAGAUCGAAUCAGGUAGUGUGGAUCAGUCCGAUGGUGCAUUUCUUGAUGAUAAACAAUUGGGGGACGGCUUUUUGCUGACUUGUGUUUCGUACCCUACUUCGGAUUGCGUGAUUCACACCCACAAAGAACAUGAUCUUUACUGAUGAUUCAAAGUGUAUAAUUUGGUGUUGGAUGGAACUGAGUUUAGGGUAUUUAUUGAUAAUGAGUUUCUGCCAUUUGAACUCCUUCCUUGGUAUUGUUGUGGUUAUGUUUAGUUUCUAUGAAUUAAUGUUUGUUGUGGAAAAGGCCAUCUAAGCUGAAUAAUAGGAAUGUUUUCUCUGCAUUCUUCAUUCCAUUCCAUCUGGGCUCAGAAUUUUUAGUGCUUUUAAAUGAGUUACAUUCAGUAAUAACUACUAAAAUCAUUUCAACUUCA